AUGUUCGCACAGCAUUUCAACCCUUUAUACCCACAAGAUAGCGUCAGCAGCUACGGCGACUAUGACUCGAUGACAAUUGGCAAAGACCGGAAGCGAGAUAUCGCAGAGCUCAAAGAGGAUGUCCAAGUCAUAAAAUCUCAAGUCACAUCGAUCCACGCCUCUCUCCGAAACAACCCCCGUCCCUCCAAAGCAGACCCCACCACCAAAAUCGACUCCCACUUCCAAGAAGUCAUUCAGAUUAUCCUCGGCCGUAUCGAGAUAUUCACAGAUAGUAGCAGCGCCAACUUUGCUAGACCCAUCCUUGAAGCGCUCAUGCGGAAAAGGGGGGAGCUCUCGAAGGACGACCGACUGAAAUUGGCGCGGGUGAUUGGACGAUUUGAGAGUGCGUGCGCACACUGCAAGACGACACCAGUGGCGGAACACAGCUAUCGCAUGGCACCAUUCGCUAUGUCAAUACGAGACCUGAGAGAAUUGUUGGGACAUUGA